GAGGCACAACUUCCGGAGGGAGGCGGAAGAGCCUCUCGGCUCUGGACUCCGGAGUCCCGGGACAGCUGAGGGGCUCCCCCGGGGUACAGGAAAGGGUCGCCGGGGUCGGCCGGCUGCAUUCCGGGUGUCGGGGCCGUGAGUCCGAGGGAUGAGGAGGGGCCAUGGCCAGCGACGGGGCCAGGAAGCAGUUCUGGAAGCGCAGCAACACCAAAGUCCCGGGCAGCAUCCAGCAUGUGUAUGGCGCCCAGCACCCCCCCUUCGACCCACUGUUACAUGGCACCCUGCUCAAGGCCACGCCCAAGGUGCCCACCACACCGGUGAAGGCCAGGAGGACCAGCACCUUCCAGGAGUUUGAGAGCAACACCAGCGAUGCCUGGGACGCCAGCGAAGACGACGAUGAGCUCCUGGCCAUGGCGGCCGAGAGCCUGAACACCGAGGUGGUCAUGGAGACGGCCAACCGCGUCCUGCGCAACCACAGCCAGCGGCAGGAGCGCCGCAGGCCGCCCGAGCCUCCCGCGGUGCCGAGCGGUGACCUCCGGCUGGUGAAGUCCGUCAGCGAGAGCCACACGUCCUGUCCUGCAGAAAGUGCCAGCGACACCGCCCCUUUGCAGAGGUCCCAGUCUCUGCCGCACUCGGUGACCGUCGCACUUGGCGGGACGUCAGACCCCAGCACCCUCAGCAGCUCAGCGUUAAGUGAAAGAGAGGCCUCCCGGCUCGACAAGUUCAAGCAACUUCUGGCCGGUCCCAACACGGACCUCGAGGAGUUGCGGAAGUUGAGCUGGUCCGGAAUCCCUAAGUCGGUUCGUCCGAUUACCUGGAAGCUGCUGUCGGGUUACCUUCCUGCCAACGUGGAGCGAAGACCAGCCACGCUCCAGAGAAAGCAGAAAGAAUACUUUGCGUUCAUCGAGCACUAUUACGACUCCCGGCACGACGACGCUCACCAGGACACCUACAGGCAGAUCCACAUAGACAUCCCUCGAAUGAGUCCGGAGGCGUUAAUACUUCAACCCAAAGUGACGGAGAUUUUUGAAAGGAUAUUGUUUAUUUGGGCAAUCCGUCACCCUGCCAGUGGAUAUGUCCAGGGGAUCAAUGACCUCGUCACCCCUUUCUUUGUCGUCUUCAUGUGCGAACACAUAGAGGAGGAGGACGUGGAUGCCGCCGACGUCUCCCGCGUGCCCACCGACGUGCUGCGUAACGUGGAGGCCGACACGUACUGGUGCAUGAGCAGGCUGCUGGACGGUAUUCAGGACAACUAUACCUUUGCCCAGCCUGGGAUUCAAAUGAAGGUGAAAAUGUUGGAAGAGCUGGUGAGCCGGAUUGACGAGCAAGUGCACCGGCACCUGGAGCAGCACGAGGUGCGUUACCUGCAGUUCGCCUUCCGCUGGAUGAACAACCUGCUGAUGAGGGAGGUGCCCCUCCACUGCACCAUCCGCCUGUGGGACACCUACCAGGAGCUGCUGCUUUUCCUUCAGAACCUGCCCACGGCCCACUGGGGUGACGAAGACAUCAGCCUGCUGCUGGCGGAGGCCUACCGCCUGAAGUUUGCUUUCGCGGAUGCCCCCAAUCACUACAAGAAGUGAGCCAGGGCCAGCACAGCCGUGGCUGCGGGCCGGUGGCCAAGGAGAGGCCUUGUUGGAGCGGCCUGCCCUCCAGGGGGCUGGCCAGGCCCCGGGCGCAGGGGAGGGCCGGGGCCUGGCCAGGGGCGCCUCUGUUGCCUGAGAUACCAAAGAGAGCCAGGGGGAGGGUCCUGGCCGCUCAGGGGGCCAGAGGUGGGUGGGCGUCUCCCUCCCUGUCCCCGGAGCGUCCUUGCCAAAUGACCACCUCCUGGAGCCCCCAGGGCGCGGCAGCCCCGAGAGCCAGACCCUCCGGGAGAGGCCUGCUGUCUGGUGCCAGGGGCAGAAGGAGGUGGUGGCCAUCUCAUACCUGCUUUGAAAUGCAAAAAUCCUAUUCUGUUGAGUGAAAGAGAAUAAAAUAUAGACAAAAUAAGAAGCGAACCGCCCUAACCUGUGAAGUCUCCGUCCCCACAGGGCUUCUGGGCGUUGGCCUUGUUCCUGUAACUGCCGUCACUUUUGCUGUGGCUGUCCCUUCUCUCUUGGUGAGGCUCUGGCUCGGGAGCAGGGGGCAGGAGCGGAGUAAAGGCCCUGCUUUGCAUCCCGUCCUCUUCAAAAGGAGCCCUCAGCCCUCAGGAGCCCCUGUGCUGUUCCACCGGGAGGGGAGGGGCUCAGGGCCCUGUGGCCCCGGGGACGAGCCACACAGGCUGAGGCCGGGGAUCCUGCGCCCUGCGCUGGGCCCGCAGGAUGGGCAGGGUUCGGCCUCGAUAAUCGGAGCUCUCGUACCACUCGCCUCAGCCUGGCCGCACCUUCCACGUCUCCGGCGGGUUACAGACAUGCUUGCUCCCCGCCGUUCGUUGGUCACCAAGCAGAGAGCCCAGGUGCGGAAGGUUCUGGACUGGCCUGCCUGGGGCUCUGCGGGGUCCCGGCACACUUCCACCCGCCCCUGCCUGUGCAGGCGUGUGGCUGGCAGGGACGUGGAUGCUCCGAGGCUCUGGGGACAACUCCGACCCCUCAGCCGGGACAGGUCCUUGUCCUUGGCACCUGCUUCUGGUCCUGGAACAGCCAGGCCAGUGCCCCGUGUUUGCACAGCUCGGCGUGAGGACGCUGCGGGGAGGCUGCAAACGGGACUUGAGUACAUACACAACGUGUGACACGUGUGUCCUUCUUCUCAUUAAAAACAUUCCUCGGUCAUUACAUGUGGUGUGGAAAUCAGCACAAAAUGCUUUGUGAAUGGGAGGUGCUCCCAGGUCAGCAGAGGGCUUGCCUCAGAGCCCCAGCCCCUGGGGUCGGGGGCUCCUCUCCAGCACCCAGCGGCCCUCCGGCUUGCACCCUUUCUCAGCCGGGGCACCCGGUUCCAGGAAGAGCCGCCCAUGGCCGUGUGCAGGCAGCCCCUCCCCCACCCCGGCCCCCAGGAACUGCUGUCUUAGCUCAGAGCGCUCCGUGCGGCCAAGGUGUCGGGCCCCCCAAACAUCUGCCUCUCGAGGCCGUUUGUUCUUCAAACAGGAGGAUCUGCGACUUUAAAUGAGGUUCCGCAUGGAUUUUCCUGUGCUUGUGUGUCUGACCCUGAAGUUGAAUGCAGGCUUGUUGAUGCGCGAGUGCCUAUGAGUCUGAGCAGGUCGAUUUGGAACGAUUAAAGGGUGUUCUGUCUGGAAUACGAUGUGUUCAAAUGGGAAUAAAGAUGCAGUGAACCCCCA